AUGGAUUACAGACCAUUUAUCUAUGGAGGAUUAGCCUCUAUGACUGCUGAAUUUGGUGAGAAGAUUGAUGUUUUUGGUAACUGUUUUGCGCCUGAAUGAGCUUCUCGUUUUCACCGAUUGAAGGUCGAAGGCUUCUCAGACCUCUAAGAUAUAUAGAAGACGAGGUGACUUUACAUUUUAGUGUUGAUUUCCGAAUACAUCCCAAUUAUUGUCUUGUGAACUCAGGUAAUAAAUUUCUAUCGUACACUCUACCUCUACAGCGACUAUCCCUCAAGGAAUGAAAUGUGAAGGUGUAGUGGAGAGGUGGGAAGGGAACGAGGGGCGCGGGGGGGGAGGGGUGGUGUGGGAAAGGAGGAAGCCAACGUGCAAUAGAUCAGGAGGUGUAGCUGAUAAAGAGUGUUCGUACUUUGCAGCUCAGUAAACAUCCACUGCUAUCCACCUCCACUUCAGUGAACAAUUUUUAAAUGUUGAGUUUGAGAGAAAUCUGGGGGUAGGGAAUAGUGGCAUGGGCUGCUGCCAGAGCCAUUGAGGAAGUGACACUCUAAAGGAGCUUAUGAUAAAAAAGAAGCAAACAAACAAAACUAUUAGGUGAAGGGGAGAUUUACUUUUAUCAAUGGCAUGAGACAUGGCAAGUAAUUUUCUAAUGUUAUAACUAGUGAGUAACAACAUUCAAACACCUAAUGAGCCAAGUUCUAUGCAGAACUGCCGUGAAGAGUGAGGAUACCUUAAACCCUUUAACUACAAUGAUUGAUCAAGACAGAAUUUCUCCUAACAAUAUCAAUUCAUUAUGAACUAGACAAGUUGUGAGAAUGAAGAAAAAUAUCAAUUAGGGGAUUAUUUGUUGAUCCAUCACCAAAUUCUUUAAACUUACAUCAUGAGAAUUGUAUGGAAGACAGUUAGGAGAAUUACUGGUGGGAUAUUUGGAGUGACUGAAUAAACACACUUGCUUGCUUGCUCAUGUCCAUAAAAGGUGCAACAGUGGUUGUUCAAGAUGCAUGAAUAAGGACACUUAAAAGAGUUAGACCAAACCACCUGCUUCAAUUUUUUGCUCCUGUUUCCCAUUGUUGUAGUAAGGCCAGCAAUAUGGUUGGGAACAUAUAUGUUGAAAAUUUUACUAUGAUGUUUUGUCACAGGAACAUUUCCUAUUGACACAACAAAAACACGGCUACAGCUUCAAGGUCAGGUGAUAGAUGCUAAACAGAAAGAGAUCAGAUAUCGAGGAAUGCUCCAUGCUUUUGUCAGAAUUGCCAGAGAAGAUGGGAUCAAGGCAUUGUAUAAUGGGUUUGUCCAGAACCAAUUUAGGGUCAAUCAAAAAUAAAUCAAAUAGUGGAGAUUAGUCAAGCUCUGCCGCAGUAUCUUUUAAACAACAUCUAGCAUAGAUCUGCUAGAUUUGGAACAAAUUACCAGAACUUUGUAGCAAUGCUUACUGCUGGCUUUUCGAGGGAAACCAAAUUGCCAUUGACACUUCAUUUGCUACUGUUUGUGUAUUUACAAAAUCAAAUGAUUAGGUAAUGAUAUUCUUCAUCGCCACAUUCUCUUGUUUUCCUUCCAAAUCUGUCUCACGUCAAAACUGUACAGUUUUGUUACACAUUUUGUUCCUUGACUUUUGAGAUUUGAUAAUAAGUUAUUGACAUAGAGUUUUCCUAUAAAUUGAUGUGAAUGUAGAUUUGUCUCAGAGGUUUGUAAGAGCAGUUAUCUAGAAUUUCUGUGGGAGAAACCCCUAGUUAGAAUUUGAAAUUCUCUUUCCCUAUGACUAAUGUAUGUCUAUUAAAAAAAAUAAUAAAUUUAGUUAACUAGCUUCUAAUUAACUGACAGUUGUAUCAACUUUUCUUUCACUGUAAUCAGGGUAGCACCAGCACUUUUGCGCCAAGCAACCUAUGGAUCUCUAAAGUUAGGCUUCUACCAUGCUCUGAAAAGAAGGCUGGUAAAAAACCCAAAAGGUAAAAACAAAUAAGGAAGUGAAUGUUGGUAUCAUUCUGAAAUGUUUUUUUAUCUUUGAUUUUUCUUUCUUUUCCUUCUGCAGAUGAGACUUUAUAUUACAAUGUAAUUGCAGGGGUUGUUGCUGGAGCAGUCUCAUCAGCCAUAUGUAACCCUACUGAUCUUUUAAAGGUAAAUGAAUGAACCCUUUUACUCCUGAAAGUGAAUAAUAAUUAGAAUAAAUAAUUAGAAUACUAAAACUUGUCAGGUACAAGUUGUUAUCUUGAUCUUACCCCAGAUUCCUGCAACUAAUUUAGAAGGAAAUGUAUAGCAGUGAGAGGAGAGAGUUAUCAACUAGUUCUUAAAAGAUUGAUUACAGAUAUUGGUUGCCUAUGUGAGGGGAUCAAAAAAAUGUCCAAAUACUGAAAAAAAAGAUACUUAUAAACAUUUUGAUAAUCCAUGCAUUUUGAAGGUGACUCUGUGGAUCCAAACAUUUUGCUGACGUGUCUCUGCUCUGCCACCAGUUUUAGAGCAGAUCAAGCUUUUUUAUGACAAGGUCAUAAGCCUGAUAUUAAAAGCAACAUAUUUGUUGCUAGGACAUUGUGAUCUUUUUCGUUUUCAUUAUGUAUAUCUUCCCUUGCUAUGUUGCAGAUUCGUAUGCAGGCAGAGUAUCAAUCAGUUGUCAAUGUAAGAAGAAAAGGAAUGCUCCAAUCUUUUGCUUCAAUAUUUAAAGAGGAGGGAAUCAGGGGACUCUACCGGGUAAUUUGCAAAAUAUUAUUCAAUUUUUGCUCAGGGAAUUAAUUGCAUAGUAACAAGAGUCUUCGUCAGCAAUGUUGUGUUACAAUUAUAAUUAUUAUUAAUCGCAACUCAUCAUGCUAUCUCUUCUGGUACUGUACUCAUUGGAUUAUUUAAAUUGAAUUGAUUCCUUUUUUUAAGUCAUGUUAUUUUAUACCUCAAUUUAGACUUGAUUUUGUUUCAAGUGUUUUAUCUAUCAGCAUUAUACGUAAGACUAUAUUGUUCUUGUGUGAACUGUUUUUUUUUUCUGCUUUUUUUUCCUGUGUUUUCUUUAGGGAGUUGGCCCCACAGCUCAAAGAGCAGCAGUUAUUGCAGGAGUAGAACUUCCAGUUUAUGAUUGGUGUAAAAAGAAAAUUUUGGAUCUCAAGAUUAUGGGUGAUAACCCUUACACUCAUUUUUGGUUAUUGUAAAAUCAGUAUAAGUGGCAUAACUUGUCCUAAUAACACUCAGUGCAAUCAAAUUAAAUUAAUGAUAAAUAGAGAGAAUGAUGUGACAUUACCUCACUCAAUUUCUGUGCCUUGAAAUUUUUACUCUGGCUACAAAUAGAUGAAUCAAUGCCAAUUUGCCCAUUUUUUCCUACCAAAAAAGUCACAUGCAUGUCAUAUUUCAUGUGAUGUUAAUUUACUAUAAACACUGUAACACCCAGUUUUUCAUUCACCAAGAUGUUUAACAUUUAUGGUAUAAUUUUGUUAUCAAUAAUAGGAUAAAUAAAUGUUAUAUUCAUUUUUUUUUCAGUGCUAGUGGAAUUGCUGGACUGGCAGGUGCUAUAGCCUCAAAUCCAAUAGAUGUUGUGAGGGUCAGUUGACCAAAGGACAAAGAACCAUUUGCUAUUUGAAUAUUUUUAAGGAAUUUGUCUUGAACUCUUUGAGUAUGUAAUAUUGUUUCAAUGAUUUGUCUAGACAAGAAUGAUGAAUCAAAGAAAUCUGAAAGGAAACACUGGAAGUGCAGCUGUCAUCUACACAAGUGCUGCCCACUGUUUGCUUACUGUGAGUAACUUUUACUCGUAAUCAUGUGAUUUAUUUUAUCCAUGUUAUUGUCUUUAUUCUUAUUGUCAGUUCUACUUUAACUGCCUUGUUUAUUGUUGGUUAUUUAAUUGCUAUAAAAUCUUUCCAGUGUUGGAUCCCAAAGGUUAUUCAUUAGGAUUUCAUGUUGCAAAACAAUAUUAAGAUACUAACUUGUUGAGGCAUGAACAACUUGUGAUGCUCAAUCUGGUCUGGUAGAGGAGCAGAAUCCUCUAUCUUCUCUCUUUCUAGUGUUGCAGCUAACGAUCAGUCCAAUUUAUUGAGUACAAAAUUUAUCUGAGUAAGAACAAAGUUUGAAUUAAACAUUGAGAAAACAGAGUGAAUUGUCAUGCACACUCACAAAAUGGACUUCAUCUUGGUGUAUUUAAAAUCAAGAAAAGUAUUCUGACCAACUAUGAUUCUACACUAACACUUUCUUUUAACUGUGGACCAACCAGAAUUUAUAUUUUGACCAAUUUCUGAUCUGUAGUUCCAGAACAGAGCUAAAUACAGGCUUCUUAGGCUUUUACUCAUUCAUUUCAACUUUCCAAUUAUGAUUCAAUACUGACACCUUCUAUGAACUGUGGGUAACCAGUAUUUCUUUUUUAACCAAUUUCUGAUUUGUAGUUCCAGAACAGAGCUAAAUGCAGGCUUUGCAGGCCUUUACAUUUAAACUUUCCUACCUUUAGAUUUUAGCCCUCUCAUUACUGGAAAUGAUAUUUGUUCUUUGUUGAGAAAAUUUUUAUGCCAUUUGUUGUGUUUUAUUCAUUUACUUUUCGUCCUUCAUUGACAGACUUUGAGGUCUGAAGGAUUUUUUGCUCUCUAUCGAGGAUUUGUACCGCAGUUUCUGAGGUUAUUUCCGUGGAAUGUUAUUGUAUCCUUUGUUGAUCUUCUAGUCCUUGGAGUUUUCAGAGUGGUUUAUUUAAUGUUUGUGGAAUACUUUAAUUGUCUCUUACUAAUAAUUGUUGUCUUCACAUUUUGUUUUGAGUAGUAUCAUUAGCGACUGUUUCAAUUUUAUAAUUUUUUUUAUUAAUUUAGUAAAGUUGGAAUUUGACACUGAAUAUUGCUCAUGUUUCUUUAACUCUUGUCAAGUUCUUUAUGUCAUAUGAACAGUACAAGAAGUAUGGAAAUGAAGUGUUAUCAUAGCAAGCUAAUGAUUUGCUCUGGUUUGAUGUUAAUGCUGACAUUCCAGUGAGGCCUUGUGGUGAAUUUCAAUACUUAUAAAUGAGGACUAAAUUUCAUGCAGUUGUUUAUCAUCAUCAGAUAGUAGUGGGAAUGUGAAAAUAACCAAUAAGAUAAAAAGAAAGAAAACAAAGAGAUAGACAAAUUGAAGAAUAAAUAAUUGAUUAAAAUCCACAAAUGACAACAUUGAUUGGGACUUUUUAAACUCUCCAAAUGAUUCUACUAGUUUCAUUAGUGGAUCAUGAUAUGAUUGAUGACAGCAUCAAGUGCAGUUUGCAUGUUAUUGAGAAACACAGUUUUUUAGAAAAAACCAUAAACUAAAUAAAUUUGCACAAAUCAGCAAAUGAGAAAAAUGAUAUUUAUUGUCAUAUUCAUGAAAAUAAUCAAAUUAUUUUGUUUGAUUCAAAAAGUUCAUGUAUUUAAUUAUGCAGUUGAUUUAUGUCAGAAAUCUUUGGUGCAGAUUCCACUGCAUUUAGCAAUGAAAGAUGUUAGCAACAUGUCACACCUUUUGUUCUGAACUAAUCACUCUUUUACAGGAUAAUGUCCUGCAAUAGAAGUCACAUUGUAGUAAUCUGCAAACUGUGUCCCUGUGUGGAUUCACACAUACAAACAUGGUAAAAAUACCAGUUAAUUUAUUUUCCUUGAAAAGGAAAAUACUGUUGGUUCCAUGUUAAUGUCAUUAGGAGUGUUGUUGGGCCAACUCUUUCACCAUGUAUACUUUCAAAUGGUUCAGUAUCUGAUUAAAUUAAUUUUUGGUUUCUCAAUUACCAGUAAAUUUUUAAAAUAAGUAAAUUUUUACUGUGAUGGUGACUUACUAUUGUUUUUUUCCACAAAAAGUAUACAUUUAGUACUAUUUGUUGUCCCUGGC